AGACAGACAGCCCACAGCCCUGGCUCAGGGAUAAAAGACCCGUCCAGCCGCAGACCAGGCACCUUUACCCAACUUUCUCCUGGACCUGAAGGACACCAUGAAGCUGCUCUCUCAGACACUGUGUCUGUGCCUGGUGCUGGCUCUCAGCCAUGCCCACCACCAUGCUGGACAUCAAGGGGGAGACGAGGGACAUGAGGGACACGACCAUGGACAUCACGCGGGUCUUUUGCUCGACCGCUGCCAGGGGAUUGAGAUGGAUGCUGUUGCUGUGACUGAGGAAGGAAUCCCUUACUUCUUCAAGGGUGGCCAUGUGUUCAAGGGUUUCCAUGGUAAAGCUGAGCUCUCCAACGAAUCAUUCGCUGAGCUGGAUGACCAUCACCAUCUGGGGCACGUGGACGCUGCCUUCCUCAUGCACUUUCCAGACAAACCCACGGAGCAUGACCACAUCUUCUUCAUGCUGGACACCAAAGUCUUCAGCUACUACAAACACCAACUGGAGACGGGCUUCCCCAAGGACAUCUCUGAGGUGUUCCCUGGUAUCCCUGACCACCUGGACGCUGCUGUGGUGUGUCCCGCUCCCGACUGUGAGGAAGACGCCGUCAUCUUCUUCAAGGGUGAUGAAAUCUACCACUACAAUGUGAAGACGAAGAAGGUUGAGGAAAAAAAGUUUGAGGGUAUGCCCAACUGCACCAGUGCAUUCCGCUUCAUGGAGCAUUACUACUGUUUCCAUGGACACCAGUUCUCCAAGUUCGACCCUAAGACAGGGGAGGUGCACGGGAGGUACCCCAAGGAGGCCCGCGAUUACUUCAUGAAGUGCUCCAAGUUCGGAGACACCACAGACCACAUCGAGAGAGAGCGUUGCAGCCGUGUGCACCUGGACGCCAUCACCUCUGACGACGCCGGAAACAUCUACGCCUUCAGAGGCCACCACUUCCUGGAGCAAGAUGCUGGCAACGACACGUGGGCAGCCGACACCAUCGAGAGCGACUUCAAGGAGCUGCACAGUGAGGUGGAUGCCACCUUCUCCUAUGAAAACCACCUCUACAUGGUCAAGGAUGACAAGGUGUACAUUUACAAAGUUGGGGAGCCCCACACCCACCUGGACGGGUCCCCCAAACCUUUGAAGGAGGUGCUGGGAGUGGAGGGCCCUAUCGACGCUGCCUUCGUGUGUCAGGACCACCACAUCGCUCACGUCAUUAAAGGUCAGACAGUCUACGAUGUUGACCUGAAGGCCUCCCCACCUGUUCCAGUUAAAGAAGGCUCCUUCACCCUCUUCAACAAGGUGGACGCUGCGAUGUGCGGCCCAGAGGGCGUGAAAUUGUUCAAGGGAAACCACUACUUCCACUUUCAGAGCGUCAAGGUCAUGCUGAUGGCCAAGGCUAUUCCCGAGGAGCACAAGACAGCCCUGGAGCUGUUUGGCUGUGACCACUAGAGGCUGAGAAAGUAGAGAGAAUCAAGUUAUCUACAACAACAACAACAACAACAACAACAACAAAAACA